AUGAACGAAGCAAAACAGAUCAUUGUCGAAUUUGGCGCUCGACGUCAAAGAUUUAUAUUAACUGAUCUUAUAAUAUCAACUUCAAAACUUCGGCAUUUAAUUGGUAAUCAUUUUGGUAUUAAACUUGAUAAUAAUUCUAUAUAUACAUUACAAAUGUAUAAUAAAACAUUAAAUGAAUAUUAUUCGCUUAAUGAUGAUAAGCAAACAUUUGAUUUAAUUAAAGAUAUCGAUCAAUUACAUCGGUUUCGAAUUAUUAAUAAAUCUCUUCAAUCACAGUCAACGAUUGACGAAGACAUUCAUGUUACCGAAGAUACCGUUCAUAAUGAUUGGGAUGACGAAAAUUUUGAAAGUGUUUCAUGUUAUGAUACUGCCUCAAUUUAUACUAAACCUUCAGCACUUUCUAUGCCAACAAUUAUGAAUCUAAAUAAACAACAAUUGUUCAUGACAGAUAAUAAUAUUCAAACACGUAUUAUUCCAUGUAAAUAUGCUGUUCGAGGGACUUGCCAUCUUGGUGAUAAAUGUUCAUAUUUACAUGAUGAAGCAUGUAUUCGAUCAGCUCGUGAAUGGGAACGACGCUUUCCAUCAAUAAAAAUGCUGCCAACAAUUACAACAAUUGAAUACAAUGGACAAAAUAAAGAAAAUUUAAAAUUCGUCUCAAAAAAACCAAUUGAUGAUGAUGAUGAUGCCGAAAGUUCACAUAGUGAUUGUUUGAUUAUUGAAUCAAAGAUAUCAACACCACAAUACAAUGAUUCCAAUUUUCAUUUUACAUCAACGAAUAUAUUGCCACGUAGUUUGUCAAAACAAACAAAUCUUUUACUUAUUUAUGAAAAUCGAACAAUGAAUGUUCAUCUUGUUGCUCCUGUUGUUGAUAUUGAAAAACAAGAACGUAUCACGAUUUCACAUUUGAAUUAUCUUUAUUCAAUACCCAAACGACAUUUAUAUUUAUCAGUACCUUGUAAUAUUCAAUGUACAUCAAUUCCACGACAAAGUCGAAUUAUGUAUAUAUCAUCAUCAGCAGCCGCAACGCAAAAAAUUUCGUUAGGUUUUAUAUGUGAAGUUCCUUCAUUACAUAAUCGUUUACGUCAUUUAAUUUUAUUUGAUGAUGGUACGGCUAAAUAUACAGGGGACGAUGAUCUUAUAUAUUUAUGUCUUUGUCAAGAUUUUGAACGAAAUUCUCGUUUAGUUGAAUCGAAAUUAAUUCGACAAAAUUUUGAAAAAUUACUUUCAAAUAAAUAUUUACACAAACAAAAAUUUCACAUUCAUAACUAUGUUAGAGUAAAAAAAUUUGAUGAUAAAUAUCAUAAUGCACGAAUAAUUGAUGUUGAUUGUUCACUAAUAAAAUUAAAAUUUUAUGAAAGACAAGCACAAACAGAAAUAUGGAUGCAUCAAUAUUCAUUAUUAAUUAAUGAUACAAUUAUAGCACCAAUAGAUAUAGCAAGUCCUAUUAUUUUACAAAAUAAACGAAAAUAUGAUGAAAUAUCAACAACUUCUCGCUCAUCAUCACCAGUAUCAAUACGUCCAUUACCUUCGAAAUUCUACCAACCACAUCAAUGUUCAUCUCAUUGUGUCUUGAUUGCUGAAGAAAAUUUCAUGCCAUACUGUAUCAUACAAAACCCCUAUACAUUACCAUUUUUAUGUGGUUGGAAAUAUUUUCACGUUGAUCGUUAUGCAAAAGGUGGAUUUAAAAAAAAACCUUAUACACGUAAAACAACAUCAUCUCGUGCAAAUUAUUUAUAUCGUUCACCAUGUGGUCGUUCAUUUUUAACAUUAGAUGAAGUUGAACAAUAUUUAUUACAAACAAAUUCUAAAUUAACAAUUAAAUUUUUUGUUGAUGAUCGUACAACACGUCUUGACCCAUGUAUUAAAUAUGAAUCAAAAUUUAUUCUUAAUGAUGAUAUAACACAAGGAAAUGAAUAUGUUAGAAUACCAGUUUAUAAUGAAAAUAAUUCAAGUCUUCCAGAGCCAUUUAUAUACGGAACGGAAACUCGUUCGAAAUUAAUAUUUGCUAAUGAUACAACAACAAUGACAUGUUGCUCAUGUACAGAUAAUUGUCGUAAUCGAAUGAAAUGUCCCUGUUGGCUGAAAACAUUUGAACAAGCUAAAUUAAAUGAUAAUGAACAAAUCUUAAAUUGGCAACGACAACAUUUUACUGAUGAACAAAUGAUUUCACGUUUUGCAUAUAUUCAUCAACGUUUAAAAACUCCUGUUUGGAGUGGAAUAUAUGAAUGUAAUUCAAAAUGUUUAUGUCAUACAAAACAAUGUACAAAUCGUCUUGUACAAAAUAGUUUAUAUCAACAAUUACAAUUAUUUCAUACGAAUACAAAAGGUUGGGCUUUACGUGUUCUUCAUGAUAUACCAUAUGGAAGUUUUAUUAAUGCUUAUGUUGGAGAAUUAAUAACUGAAGAAAUGGCAACUAAACGUGACUUUAAAUAUUUGGCUAUAUUAGAUCAUAAAAGUCAUUUAAAUACAACUGAUAAUAAAAAACGAACAGAAUCACCAAUAAAAGAUAAACUUAAUGAUAUUAGCAUAUUAAAUGUAAGAGGUCGAAUUCCAGUAAAACGUUGUAUAAAAUUAUUAAGUGAUAAUGAAGAUGAUGAAAAUGAUGAAGAUGAUGAUGAUGAUGAUGAUGAUUCAUGUUUUAUUCUCGAUGCUAAGCAUUAUGGUGCCAUAAGUCGAUUUUAUAAUCAUUCAUGUAAACCAAAUGUGCAUAUUCAAAAUGUAUUUAUUAAUUCUCAUGAUCCACGAUUUCCAGUUAUUGCACUUUUUGCUUGUCGAAAUAUUCGAGCUGGUGAAGAAAUAUGCUGGGAUUACAAUUAUACAGUAGGUUGUAUGCCCAAUGUUCGUAUUGAUUGUCAAUGUCAAGCAUCGAAUUGUCGUGGUCGUUUAUUGUGA